AUGAGGAGGCGGUCGAGGAAGAAAGAGACAGCUAUAAUCGACUACAGGCAUCGAUGGCCCACGCAGCAGACUUUAUACGAAUCUCGAAUUCUCGACGAGAAUGCAUCAGGGAGCCAACCCACAUCGCGACGGGUCAAGGCACUAGAGGCGCAAGACGAUAUUGACCACCACGCGGAGCUCAUCGAGCUGCGGAAGCGAAAACGAUUCAGCACGUCGACCUUGUCUGAAAGUCCUCAGAGACAAAGGUUCAUACCUACGAAUGCCAAGCCUGGAAAGAGUACGCACCCUUACGAUACGGGAGUUGGAGAAACAACUACAGUAACAGCAGAGGACAGCAUACCGCCGAGAACAUCAUCUAGGUAUACGGAACGAAUCGCUACACUAAAAGGCCAGUCAGCACGGACUCCCGAUCAUCUGCGAAAAGUCGAUAAGAUCAAGUCGACUCCGAGUCUUUUUAGAGACAGGGCGCAUGGCCAUACACCUCAGAAAAGGGAUGAUACAAAUCCCAGCCCAGAAUCUCACGAUAAAGGUGGUUUCCCGAGCCAACGUAGAAUUACGUUUCGAAGCAUUUCAGGGCUAGAUAGAAAGAACCGGAGCAAGAUUUCUCAUACGAAUCCUUCGGAAACGAUUUCAACAUCCCCACCUCAGACACCAACAGGACUAGACACCCCAACAGAAAAUCGGCGGGCAAGAUGGUGGAAGGUCAAGAAACAGAGAAGCGUGCAUGAAUACGAACGAGAUCAGGACAUCACAUCCGGUCUCAUCGAGGCACCACCGGUGCUAGACGAGGACGAAGACGAGAUAGGGGAUGAUCUAGCAGCAAUGGUUAGACCUCGAUGCACACGGAAAAACGUCAAACCUCGCCACGGAAGUAAAUAUCACAAAGGAGAGGUUACGAAGAAGGUGCCCUCAGGCGAUAUGAGAAGGAUUCUUAAGAAUUCCAGAGGAGGUAGCAGGCAACAGGAAGAAAUCCACCAAGGAGCAUCGAAGGCUGCACAUUAUUAUCCCUCUUCACAGCCAGAUAGGGAUUCCUUGAAGACUUCGGGUCCCGGGAUCCAGAGAGGUCAUCGGAAGAGCGUGUCCUCGUCCCAAGCUCACCCAAGCACGACCGGGACAAGCUCCACGCCAGGUACGACAACCGUCCACAGGGACUUCGCACAAGACGAUUGGCGCGAGACACCGUCGCCGAUGACGCCAAACCAGAUCCUACGCUUCUUGUUCGGACCAAGGAAAACCCCUCUGUCGGGAACAGUAACCCAGUCAGAACUUCCCGAGGAACCCAAGAUCAGCGUAUCGACAAGCACUCCUCCACUUAGACGGCAAAGCCGGGAGAGUCGCACUUCUGGUAGACCGUCAACGGAGAGCAAGAACAAGACUUGGUUUCCUUUCCGGAUAACGCCUAGGCCGCAACUAGACGCCUCACCGCAAGACAGCGGCGAGAAAAGCUCAAGAGGGGGAGGACAAGGAGAGCAUCUGGAGCCAAUGGCGGGAGAGCCGGUUCCAAGCAGAUCGCCAAACCUGAAGAAACCUUGGGACAGGAUAUUGCGAAAGAGAUGGCGAAGCGGAUAGAUUGUUAAGGGCCCGGCGUUAUCGAAGCAGAUUCAAAGCUGGUGUCGUGAGAAUUCGAAGGGGGAUAUCC